AUGUUCCAAAAGCUGGAGGACGACGAAUGCGCAAGACCCGUCGCCCGCAAGCCGUACGAAGACAGAACCAUAUAUCUCUCACGCCUCAUGAAGCCCAAGGUCGGACCACUCCUGCUUUCUGACUUUGGCGAAACCAGAAUCGGCCCUGGCCCUCAUACCGGCGACAUCAUGCCCAUCAUGUACCGAGCCCCGGAGACGCUCGUGCACAUGCCAUGGAGCUAUCCUGUCGAUAUCUGGAGCGUCGGGCUGACGGCAUGGAACCUGCUCCAAGGAAGAACACUGUUCACAGCCCGCAAACAAGACGGCAGCCUUUCGGAUGGCGCGCACUUUGCCGAGCUCAUGGCUGCGUUGGGUCCCCCGCCGCAAGCGCUCCUCGACCGACAUCGCAGCAGAGCACUCACAUACUGGGACCAAGACGGCGUCUGGGGCGAGUUCGUGCCUAUACCAAAAGAAAAAACCCUCGAGGCAGCAGAGGCCAAACUCAAGGACAACUCCAGGUUUCUGCGGUUCAUUCGACGCGCGCUGACCUGGGAUCCGGAGGCGCGUCCGACAGCGAAGGAGCUCUUGCAAGACCCGUGGCUCGAGGAGUAG